UCUUUCUCUCUUUAUCUCUCCACUCAAACAUCCUAAAACUUCCAUCAUUUGCAUAAGAUUACUCUCUUCUUUUUUCUAGUUUAAUCCCAAAAAAGAAAUAGAAAAUGCAGUUCCACAGCAUGCAAGAACCAUCAUUAUCAUCAUCAACAACAACAUCACCAUCUUCAUCAUCAUCAUCAUCAUCAUGGGGAUACUCAUACUACAUAGGAGUCCCAUCCAUGUCCAUGAACAUGAACAUGAACAUGAACAUGAACAUACGAGGAGUGGACCCACUUGAGAGAGUAGCAAGGCUAGCAUCAGAAAGUGCAGUGGUAGUAUUCAGUGUGAGCAGUUGUUGUAUGUGUCAUGCUGUGAAACGUUUGUUCUGUGGAAUGGGAGUUAAUCCAACGGUGUAUGAGCUUGAUCAAGAUCCUAAAGGAAGAGAGAUUGAGAAAGCUUUAAUUAGAUUAUUAGGCACUAAUUAUUCUCCACCUGUUCCUGUUGUUUUCAUUGGGGGUAAACUUGUUGGAGCUAUGGAUAGAGUUAUGGCUUCACAUAUUAAUGGCUCCCUUGUUCCUCUCCUUAAGGAAGCUGGUGCACUUUGGCUUUAAUUUUAUUACUUUCGAGUCGAGUUCGAGUUGCUUGUGAGCUACUUCUUUAUCGAGUAGUUUGUAAAUUGACUUGACUCGGGUUCUAUUUUAUUUUAUUUUUUCCGGAUAUGACUA